GGCAGCACAAAAAGAGGGCGGUGCCAACGACAUAUACUUGCCUGCGCUGCAUGAAUGAAUGACAUUUUUUGCACGUUCCGUCAUUCAUUCAUUGACCAUGUACAAUUAUUGUCACACUUGAACUGAAUGAAAUUUUAAAAAAUUAAUAAAAAUACGUAUUUUAUGUAGGAGCAGAAGGAAAGUGUUGUAAUAAAACCACUGCAUGAGUUUAAAGAGAAAAUUUGAGUGAUAAUAAUUGUGAUAUAUUUGAUUACCUAAACUUCAAUCCCAGUUAAUUGGUGUAAGAGUGAAAACUAAAGGCGCGAAACUCUACAUAACCAUUAUGUAUAUCAAUAUUUCAAAUAUUUCAAAGGCGCACUUUAGAAACUACAACGGAAUCAAUAUAUUAACUAAAGGAAUUGUGGCUAAGGUUGGCGAUGUAGAGGAAUCCACGAAGGAAGAUGGGGAAAAAUAUGGAAAGUUUUUGUUGAUACAGAAAAGAUCGACAGUGUACGCACUUGCAUUUGGAGAGACGUAUCAAUUGUGGAAAGAAGUGCUCUUGAUCGACAAAGUUUUUAAAUUUCCACCUGACACAUUUUAUUGCAAGCCGAAAUGGAAUUCCAACUCGACGUGCAAAUUUGAUAUAACUUUUUUACGACAGUCCAAACCUGCGAAAGUUGUCAGACCUGGGGUCGUCAGCAACGCUGAUUGUGAUACAUCAAGUCUUCGUAAAGUGUCAAAACUUCUUCGAACUUCACAAACAUUUACGAGAAAACUUAAGUCAAUAAAGUUUAACUGUUCGGAAGUACACCGCUACAUGGGAUGCAACGUUUGCAAUUUUAGUAUUCCUAGGCAACAUUCAGAUGGCAAGUAUUAUUGCAAAGGCUUAUGUAACAACAAAAAGAGUCGUAGGAGCAAAAUUGGGGUUGCAACUGAACGUAAAAUUUGUUUUACGAUCCGUAAUGUAAAACUUACAGACGGCAGAAAUGACACAGUCGAAUCGGUUGUUAUUUUCAAUUCCGUUAGCGAAUUAUUGCUUAAGAAAUGCGGAGAUGACUUCGAUACAGACAAUGAAGCAAUGAGUGCAUGGUCUGAACUAGCGGCCAAUAAUUGUUUUGAUAUAACACUCAAACGGAACAAAAAAAAGAAGAGCUCAAAGUAUCCUGCGACGGUAUUCGUUCACUCGAUUGAGAAAGUAAUUGCAGUUGCAUCUUCAACGUGUUCAAAGCCAGAACAACUACCAGAACCAUCAGAAUAUUCGUAUGAUGGGUAUGACGAGACCAAUGACAUAAUUGAAGGAAAGAAGAAAAAGAAAAAAAUUCCGAAACUGCCAACAUUCGAAAUAAAAUUACAGGACUCAACCGAGAAGUUUCGUGACUACGUAGCAAAAUAUCGAAUUUCUUCAAAACCACCUGGAUUGGUACUUCUGAUCAACAAUUUCAAUUUUCCCUAUAGAAAAGAAGAAGAUGAAAAACAGAGGAGAGGAUCUGAAGUGGACAUACAUAUGCUAUACCUUGUUUUCCUUGAGAUGGGAUUUGAAAUUUAUGGUAACCGGAGCCAUAACGACAUAAAGACAAGACAGGAAUUCGGUGAACUGAUAAAUAACUUCCGCUUCGAAUUGUGCAGACGGGAAGUCGACUCUGUUUUUAUUGUGAUAUCGAGUCACGGACGUAAUAACGAAAUCGAACUACCUGGAGCAGAAAAACACAUGAUUUGCGUUGUGGAUGACAUAAUGAUUCCGUUUUCGGACAAACACCUUCCACUAUACCAAGGAAAGCCGAAAGUAUUCAUGCCCAUCACAUGCCAAAAUUUGGGCAAUAGUGCAACGGGAAAGUCAUUGGAGUUUAGGGACAAUAAACUAUUCGACAUGCUGGUUUGUUGUCCUUCUCUUCCUGGAUACUCUCAAUUAAGGGUAACUAAAAAAGGUUCGCUUUUUGUGCACUGCUUAGUGUAUAACCUUACGAAAUAUGCAAGGUCAUGGCAUUUAAAAGACAUUUUGGAUAAGGUACAGAUCGAUAUGAAGAAUGAAAUUGUGAAAAGGGGAUUAGACAUAACAGUUUCGCAUUAUCUUUCAAGUACGUUCGGUUGUUUUGUUCUAGUACCUACGGAAGGUACAGAAGGCGAUAAUGAUUCCAACCCUUUUCAACACAUGGAAAUCGAUAGCGACUGAUUUUGUGUUAAAGGAAAUACAUGGUUGUUGUAUGAAUGA